AUGAACAUUUCAUAAUAAUAUGAGGAAUAAUAAAAUUCAGAGAGAAUUGACACUCAAUUUCAAAAAUAGAGUCAGAAUCUGUUCAAAGGAUAAUUCUCUUAAUAUAGAUUCAAUAAUACUUGGAAACUUAAUGGAUUCAAUAUCAUUAUUAUCGUUCUAAAAUUUAUAUAAGCGAUUACAAAAUAAACGUUUACUACUUCCUUUAAAUUACUGAAUCGUCAAUUUUUCAAAUUGCUUAAAGAUAACACUUCAGAUUACAAUUAUUAUUUACAUAGAGGCUAUUUUACACAAGCUAAAGCAUAAUCGUUUUUGAUUAAAUUUGACCAAAAAGUUAACUUCUUGCAAUGUAAUAACUUUUAUUAAAAUAGAUUACAGAAGGAAUUAUCUAAAGAGAAUCAUGUAGUUUAUAUUGUUAGAACCUGAUGACACAAUAAUUAUAAUUUGGAAUAUAUAUCUAUUGUGUAUAGUAACAGUUAAUGUAUUUUAUGUUUCAUUGCGAUUAUCAUUUGUGGAAAUUGUUGAAAUGGAUUGGGUUCUAAAGGAUUUCAUUUUUGAAUAACUGCCCAGCUAUUCAUUCUUAUUAGAAAUCAUUAUUAAGUUUAAUACCUGUAUAUAUAGUAAAGGAGUACUGAUCAAAAAUAGGAAGAGAUUAAUAAAGAGAUAUCUAAAAAGAGAGUUUCUAAUUGAUUUGGUAUUAAUCAUACCAUUCUUUAUUGGAAGACAAUUCUCUUUUAUAUACUUAGACCUUGUAAUAAUCUUGAAAGUAUUCCAAAUAUCAAAAUUAACGAAUUCUUUAUUCAAUCGUUUGGAAUUGACAUAAGAACAAACAACUGUUUUCGAAUUAAUUAAACUGAUGUAAUAAAAACUUAAUAUUAGAGCUUUUUUAUAUUAUUGUGUGCUCAUUUCUCAGCUUGUAUCUGGCAUAAAUUAGGAGUUUGGGGGGAUUGGGGAGAUAAAAAUACAGUAACUUGGUUGAUAAAAGAAUAACUAUACAAUACAAUGUGGAUUGAUAGAUAUGUAGUUUCAUUUUAUUGGAGUAUCGUUACUAUGACAACUAUUGGUUAUGGUGAUAUCAUUCCUGUAAAUUUAACUGAAAGACUAUUUUGUAUAAUAAUGACAUUGAUAUCUACAGCAACCUUCGCUUAUUCAGUCAAUAGUAUUGGAUAAAUAUUUUAGGAUAUGUCUAAACAAUCUGUGUAAUUUAAAACAAACAUGAAUAGUUUAAAUAAAUUCUUGAAAAAUUAGAAAGUAUCAGCAUCAUUGCAAACUAAAUUCAGAAGAUAUUUUGAAUAUUUUUGGAGCAAGCCUUCUUAAGAAGUAAUUCAAUUUUAAGAACAAAUUCCAUAAUAAUUAAAAGACCAAAUGAUUGUGGAUAUAAAUAUUAAAUUACUAAAAUAAUUAGAUUUAUUUAAGUAAUUUAGCAAUUCUUUACUGAAUACACUUUGUCUGUAAUUCAAGGAAAUCUAAUUAUAACCAGAUGAAUAUCUAUUUAAAUCAAAUUAGAGAGCAGAGAAGCUCUACAUAUUAGUUAAUGGAAAAAUCGAUUUGCGUGUGAUUAUUAAUAAAAAAAAAAGAAUCCUCGAAAAAUUAAAAACUCCAUGUUUGGUUGGUCAACUCAAUUUCAUUCUCAAUACAGAAUACAAAUAUGAAGCAAUUGCCACUAAAAAUACUAAAUUAUUAGCAAUUGAUAGAAAACAUUUAAUUGAAAAUAUCAAAUAGAAUGAAAUUGAUUAUGUAUGUUAUUAUUUAUAUCAAAGGAAACCUUUAAAAACUUUGAAGAGGAUAUUAGAAUACAAAAAUAAUACGGCAAAAUCUCAAUUACAUGCUCAAUUUGUAAAAACUCAAAACAUUUUGUUCUCGAUUGCCCACUACUUUUCGGAGGUAUAAACAGAACAAAGGUAUUGUAUCAACUGAGACAUAAUCUACCUCAAGAUAGAAAUUUUACUUUAAGGAAUAAUGAAGAUAGAAGAAUAUCUACAAAGAAACAUCAUUUCCUUGUUAUGGAAAGUGUAAUAUAAUAUAUAAUAAAAAAUGAAGAGAUUUGUAAUCUUGAAGGAAUUAAAGAAUGUAAAUAUUAUAUACAACCUAGAAUUGCAAGUAGCCAUUAAAUAAUAAUAACAAUAUGACGAAAAAAUAAUGAAUAAUCUAUCUAACUAAUUCACUAAGUAGAUACCAAAUAUACCAACUUCAAUAAAUUGUAUAUCCCAUGAAUCUCUUCGCAAUAUAUAGAAUCAUAAUACUGUAUAAGAUCAUGGUCUUAAAUAGAAUCAAGAAUGGCCUAUAGAAGAGGUUAGUUAAGUUGGAAUUUUGAGCAAAUCCUAAGACUAUAGAUUGUUUAACAUCUUAAACAAUCAGAAGCUGUAACCUAACUUGGAAGAACCAUAAACGAAGGGUGAGAGAUCGGAUGAAAAUAAUAUUAGUGAAUAAUUGCUUUAACUUGAGAAAUAAUAGACAUCUAUCUUACCUUCUUGUCAUAACACAGAUACUAAAGAAACAAGGUAAAGAAUGGUAAAGAAAAGGAAUUCAAUCAGAUCAAAAUUCGAAAGAAAACAAACAGAUUAAGGUGAUACCAUAAGACACAGAUAAAAUCAAUUUAAAAGAUUGUUCACCGAAAGAGAUGAUAAUGUUGAAAAAAAACCUAAAUUCUAAGCGUUUAACAAUUAAUUAAUUGCAUCUCAAUAAUACAAAAAAAGUCCAUAAGGGCCAGUCACAAUUAAGAGAAAAUAGAGCAUCUAAGAUUAUAUAAUUUAAAAUGACAAGCUAUAAGAACUACAAUAGAAUAAGUAGUAUAAAUUAGAUGAAUUAUCCUUUGAUUUGGAAUAUUCAAAAAGUCAACGUUCUAUUAAAAAUAGCAAUAUUAAAGCAAACUCUGAUUAUAAUUAAAAAGAUUAAGAAAUUAAUUAGAACCAAGAUAAUAAUAAAAAGUAAUUACCCAAUAAAAUAUACACAAAAGGAUUUGAUAAAGAUAAUUCGGAAGAUGAAAAUAAGUUAACAAAAUAAUAUUUAGAAGAAGAAAUCUUGAAAAAUACUUAAAGGUUAACUGAUAAAUAAGUUAAUCAAUUUCCAUAAUAAGAGUUUAAACCAAUUGAAUAAAGUAUGAUGAUCUAGUUUGAGAAGAUUAAAUAAAAAGAGGAAUUGAUACUACUUUAGAGAGAUAGACAAUAAACAGUCUUUACAAAUACUAAAGAAAGUAAGGAGCUUCAAGGUUAAAAUAUACAAAGAGCGUUAGCUAUUAAAGUAACUUCUGAUGAUUCUUCAGAUGAAGAUAUUUAUGGAUAAAAACUAAUCAGAGGAUAGUAUCUUGAAUUAUUUAAAGAUUUUGAGAUAAUAAAGGAAUUUAAAUGUUAUUACCCACACAAUAAUAUUUCUCAAGUUAUACUCUAGGUAUUAAUCUAUAAUUAACUUUAGUUAUCUAAAAACGAACUCUAUUUAUAACAUAAUCUCUUGAAGAAAAAAAAAAUUAAAAAAUAAGACACAAUAAUGAAUUUACUAAAGCAAACAUAACAUUUAAUGAGAAAAAGCUAACAAUAAUGA